AGGGAGGGGUCGUCCUGCGGGUAGCCGGAGGCUGGGGCGGCCGUGGAGCCCGGGGUGAGAGAGGGAGCGUGAGGGAGCGAAAGGUGAACCGAGCUGAAGGAAGGGACGCGUUGCUAAGUGCCCCCGGUUUAUGGAGCGGGGCAAGAUGGCGGAGGCGGAGAGCCUCGAGACAGCGGCGGAGCACGAGCGGAUCCUGCGAGAGAUCGAGAGCACCGACACGGCCUGCAUCGGGCCCACGCUCAGGUCUGUCUACGAUGGUGAGGAACACGGACGAUUCAUGGAGAAGCUUGAAACUCGCAUCCGUAACCAUGACCGAGAAAUUGAGAAAAUGUGCAACUUUCAUUACCAGGGCUUUGUGGACUCCAUAACUGAACUACUGAAAGUGCGAGGAGAAGCCCAGAAACUCAAAAAUCAAGUGACGGAUACUAAUAGAAAACUACAACAUGAGGGAAAGGAAUUUUUUUUCCCUCUUGCCAAGCUGGUAAUAGCAAUGGAAGAGCUGAAGCAGUGUCGUCUACAACAGAGAAAUAUUUCUGCCACUGUUGAUAAAUUAAUGCUGUGUCUUCCAGUUCUGGAGAUGUACAGCAAGCUGAGGGACCAGAUGAAAACUAAAAGGCACUAUCCUGCACUGAAAACUCUGGAGCACUUAGAGCAUACUUAUCUGCCUCAAGUGAGCCAUUAUCGAUUCUGCAAGGUGAUGGUGGACAACAUCCCCAAACUUCGCGAAGAAAUCAAAGACGUUUCUAUGUCCGAUCUCAAAGACUUUCUGGAGAGUAUCCGCAAACAUUCAGACAAAAUUGGAGAGACCGCCAUGAAGCAAGCCCAACAACAGAGAAACCUGGAUAACAUCAUCUUACAACAACCCAGAAUAGGUAUCAAGAGAAAACCAAAGAAGGAUGCAUAUACUAUUUUUGAUGCAGAGAUAGAGAGCACUAGCCCCAAGUCUGAACAGGAUUCGGGAAUUCUGGAUGUUGAAGAUGAGGAAGAAGACGAAGAGGUACCUGGGGCCCAAGAUUUGGUGGAUUUCUCUCCUGUUUAUCGAUGUCUGCACAUAUAUUCUGUACUGGGUGCCCGGGAAACAUUUGAGAACUACUACAGAAAACAGAGGCGAAAACAAGCGCGUUUGGUGCUCCAGCCUCCCUCUAACAUGCAUGAAACUUUAGAUGGCUACAGGAAGUAUUUUAAUCAAAUUGUAGGAUUUUUUGUGGUUGAAGAUCACAUUUUACAUACAACCCAAGGCUUAGUAAAUAGAGCCUACAUUGAUGAACUAUGGGAAAUGGCACUUUCAAAAACUAUCGCAGCACUCCGUACUCACUCGUCUUACUGCUCUGAUCCAAACCUUGUUUUAGAUUUGAAGAACCUCAUUGUGCUUUUUGCUGACACACUUCAGGUGUAUGGUUUUCCUGUAAAUCAGCUUUUUGACAUGCUGUUAGAAAUCAGAGACCAGUACAGUGAAACCCUGCUAAAGAAGUGGGCUGGUAUUUUCAGAAACAUACUUGAUUCUGACAACUACAGUCCUAUACCAGUAACAAGUGAAGAGAUGUAUAAAAAGGUAGUAGGUCAAUUCCCAUUCCAAGAUAUAGAGCUGGAAAAGCAGCCAUUUCCAAAAAAGUUUCCUUUCUCUGAAUUUGUGCCAAAAGUUUACAACCAAAUUAAAGAAUUUAUCUACGCCUGUCUGAAAUUCUCAGAAGAUCUUCAUCUAAGUUCAACUGAAGUUGAUGAUAUGAUUCGUAAAUCUACAAACCUGUUACUGACCAGGACUCUGAGCAACUCUCUACAGAAUGUCAUUAAAAGGAAGAAUAUUGGACUUACUGAGCUUGUCCAGAUUAUCAUCAAUACAACACACUUGGAGAAAUCCUGUAAAUAUUUGGAAGAAUUUAUUACCAAUAUCACUAAUGUGCUUCCAGAAACAGUCCACACCACUAAGCUCUAUGGGACCACAACUUUUAAGGAUGCUAGGCAUGCAGCUGAAGAAGAGAUCUAUACCAACUUAAACCAGAAGAUUGAUCAGUUUCUACAGCUGGCAGACUACGACUGGAUGACAGGAGAUUUGGGCAACAAAGCUAGUGAUUACCUAGUAGACCUCAUUGCCUUUCUACGUAGCACCUUUGCUGUAUUCACACACCUUCCUGGAAAGGUGGCCCAGACAGCAUGUAUGUCAGCUUGUAAGCAUUUGGCCACAUCCUUGAUGCAGCUUUUGCUAGAAGCUGAAGUCAGACAGCUCACCUUGGGAGCGUUACAGCAGUUCAACUUGGAUGUCAGAGAAUGUGAACAGUUUGCCAGAUCCGGCCCGGUGCCUGGGUUCCAGGAGGACACGCUGCAGUUGGCCUUCAUCGACUUGAGACAAGUUCUACUGUGUCCUAUUGGGUUGCUAUAGUUGGAAUCCACUUGACAGCAAUGGAUUUGGUUUUGUUUUUUUGGUGAGUAAACAGUAAAUAAUUGUUGAUUCAAUUCCUAGGUCUUCUCUCCCCAUAAAAACCAUCUUUUCUUUCCUUUUAUCCAGUUUUUUCAUCUCAGCUUUCCUAUGAAAGUUAUUCAGGCUUGUCCUUUAUAUCUACUAUUUAAGUUGCUGAAGUUGUGAUCACUGCUACCUGUGAUGUUUACUGCAAUUCUACUAUUACUUUUUUUUUUUUUUGCGUUAUUUGUUUCUGCUGUCUCCUUUAUCGUGGCUACUUCUUUCAUUAUGGAUUUCUGCUUUCUUUCUAUUGGAAUGCAAAGCAGUUUUUGUUUUUUGAUUCCCUUCUAGUUUCUAUAGUAAAUAUUUUUCAGAAAUAUAUUUUUCCUUUGUAACUUUAAGGAUGAUGAUCCCUUGCUAUGAUCCUAGACUAUUUUUCCAUAGGUUUUUUUUUUUUCCGCCUCCCUGAUUAUUCAUCACAGAAGAAAUAUUUAAAUUUGUGUAUUCUAACAGAAAAGGAGUGUGGUUCACCAUGGUCCUGCUUACUUGGGUUUAGUGCAUCCCUAGAAAUAUCAGAAUGUUGAUGCUCUUAUAUCCAAGUAGAGAAUUGGCACAGCAGCUUGUAUUACAAGCCUAAAGAAUGAGCAAGAAUGUUGGCACGCAUACCAUAUCACAGCAUAUCAAAUACCAGACUUUCAUUUUUAAAAACCAGACACCUGUUAACUCCAUUCUUGAGUUAGAUAGCCGUGUCUCAGAUCCACAGCUAGAGAACAUGUUAAUAUGCGCAAUUCCUGUCUGAGUGUCCCACCUUUAGCCAUCUUUCAUCUAAUGCGACAUUAAUGGUUUACAGUUUUUCAUAAUUCUAUCCCCAUUGUCUUUCUCUGACAUUAAUCAGUAAUAUAAAUGGAAAAUCUGUUGCCCCCACAUGGUAGCUUCUAAUUUCUGCCCACAUUUGCAUCAUUUCAACGCCUCUUGCCUUCCGCCAUGUUAUAAAAUGAUAGGUAUUAGGUAGGGUCUGAGAAGAAGGAUACCUAGCUUUGUGCACCUUGAAAAGCAGCAACUGAUAUACCAGGUGCUGAUGAGGAUAUAGAGCACCUGGAUCUCAAACAUACAUUGCUGGUGGGGAUAUAAAAUGGUAAUGUCACUCUGCAAAGCAACUUGGCAAUUCCUUAUAAAAUUAAAUACACACCAUAAAACCCAACAAUCGCACACCUGGGAAUAUAUUGUAGAGAAAUGAAAGCGUAGUGUUAUAAAAUCCUGUAUAGGAAUGUUCAUGGCAGCUUUAUUCAUAAUAACCAAAAGCUAGAAAAAAUCCAAAUAUCCUUCAAAGGCCGAAUGGAUAAACAAACUGUAGUAAUCCAUGUAAUGGAAUACUACAUGGCAAUAAAAAGGAUCAAGCUUGAUAUAUGUGAAAACUUGGACGGCUGUCAAGGGCAUUAAUGCUGAAUGAAAAAGAGCCAGUCUUUAAGGGCUGCAUACUGUCUGUUUCAAUUCAUAUAACAUUCUCUAAGUGACAAAAUUACAGUGAUGGGAAACAGAUCAGUAGUUGCCAGAGGUUGGAUUGAGGGGAGAGUAUGACUAUUAAGAGGUAGAAUGAAUAAGGUUCUUUGUGAUGGUAGAAGAGUUCUGCAUUCUGAUUGCAGUGAUGGUUACACUAAUCUACACAUGUGACAAAAUUUCGGAGAACUGUAUAUACACCACACACACAUACAUGCACACACAAGUGCAUGUGAAAAUUGGUGAAAUCCAAAUAAGAUCUGUACCAGGGUAAUAGUACUGUACCAACAUCAGUUUUCUGUUUUCACAUUGUACUGUGGUUAUGAAUGGUAUUAUCAUUGGGGGGAGCUGGUUGAAGGGUAUACAGAAACUUUUUGUACUAUUUUUGUAACUGUAUGUUUAUUUCAAAAUAAAAAGUUUACAUAUUUAAAGAAAAGAAAGCAGCAGCUAUGCACCAGACGGUCAGCCACCCAAUUGUCUGAUUGGUGUAGGCCAGUAGUUCUCACGCCUCGCAGAUCAUCAGAUUCCCUUAAAGAGCUUUAUAAAAAAAAUAUUCACUUCUGAACUGUCCCACCACAGAAUCAGAAUCUCUGAAAACAGAGCCAAAGCAUCGGUAUUUUCAGAAACUUUUGGAAACACUGUUAUAGGGCCUGUUUCUGAUCCAGGAAUAAAACCGUAAGAAAAAACCCAAACCCGUUGACAUCAAGUUAAUUCCAACUCACAGUGACCCUAAAGGACAGAGUGGAACUUCCCUAUAGUGUUUCCAAGGUUGUAAUCUUUAUGGAGGCAGAUUGCUACAUCUUUCUCCCACAAAGCAGGUGGUGGUUUUGAACUGCUGACCUUUUUUGGUUAGCAGCCAAGCACUUAAGCGUUGUGCCACCAGGGCUCCUUGAUCCACGAGAAAGAGUAGAGAAAAUUGAUGGAUUGCUGUGUAUGAAAAGAUUUGUGAUUCUCCUUUGCUCCAAUUUUGUUGGUGUGAAAAUCCUUCUGAAUUCUGGCAUUCCACCUGUUGUAGAUUUUAACAUUGUUAAGAGUUUAAACUUUUUUUUUUUUUAGUUUUAUAGUUAUUUCAGUGGGUGGUUUCGUGAGACUGCAUCGCUAGCUAUUAAUCAGCUGCCAAUUUAAAUCAGAAGCAGGGCAGUAGUACUCUUACAGAUGAGCCUUGUCUUUGCCCCAUCCACGUGUGAGUGGUGACUUGCUUCCAGCUCUCUCAGAGUUCUGCUUUUCUUGAUCAGGUUUUCAUAUUGGUGUGGCAUCACCAUAACUCACUGCUAGUGAGUGGAAGGCAGCCAAGGCACACCACAGUGAAGACAUCAGUUAGGAAAAUUACAUUCAAAACCUGAAAGCGGCUGUCACUGAAGUUUUUGUUUAUGAAAAUUGGAAAAGCUCUCCCCUCUCAGCCACUGACAUUUUUGAUUUAUUGUUUCUCUGCUGAAAAUUGUCCAAAGAUGUUUCCAGGCAUUAGCCGGUGAAAGCCAAAUUUAUUGAAGGUGGAGGAGAAUGUAAAGAGCCAUGAUAUUUGUGAAUUUUUCUGUAGGACAUGGCAACAUUUUUAAUAGCUGUAGUUGAUCAGGUUCUUUUUGUGCAUAUGAAAAAUCAGUUGUGGAGCUAAGAAUAUGACCCGUAGUACUAAAAGGUAUAAAUAGCUUACGCUGUUGUUAGGUCCUGCCAAGUCCACUCCAACUCAUAGCGGCCCCGUGUAUGACAGAACAAAACGCUGCCCAGUCCUGUGCCAUCCUCACAGUCAUUGCUAUGCUCGAGCUUAUCGUUGCAGCCACUAUGUCAGCCCAUCUCAGUGAAGGCCUCCCUCUCUUUUCUUGACCUUCUACUUUACCAAGCAUGAUGUCCUUCUCCAGGGACUGGUCCCUCCUGACAACAUGUCUAAAGAAUGUGAGACAAAGUCUUACCAUCCUCUAUUGUAAGGAGCAUUCUGGCUGUACUUCUUCCAAGACAGAUUUGUUCGUUCUUCUGGCAGUCCAUGGCACAUUCGUAUUCUUCGCCAAUACCAUAAUUCAGAGGCAUCAGUUCUUCUUCAGUUUUCGUUAUUCAUUGUCCAGCUUUCACAUGCAUACGAGGCGAUGGAAACUGCCAUGGCUUGGGCCAGGCACACCUUAGUCCUGCAUAUCGCACGUUGUCAAUAUCUUCUGCUGUGGUGCAAAGAUCACUGAAGCAACGAUCAGAAAGCCUGAGUGUUUCCCCUGACUCUGCCACUAACUAAAAAUAUGUCCUUGGUCCAGUCACUUAACUAUUUUGGGCCUAGGUUUUUUUAUCUGUAAAAACUGAAGAUAGAGCUUAGACUAAAUUAGCAUUUUCAAACAUUUAUUGACUUGUGGAAUUUAUAGCAAACAUAAUUGUAUUAUCACUGCUCUUCCCCCACAUCAGAAUUUUUAAAUAAUGUCAUUUUUUUCAUGACAUAUGAUAAAGAAGCCAAUUAAAUUAAAAUUUAUAUUUUGCAUAUUAUUAAAGAUUAUAAAAUUCAUUUCAAUGUAAUAUUUAUAAAUAUUAACUCAAUAAGUUUCACCUUUUCCCAUAUAAAAAGUUGCAUAUUAUUAAAUUUCUUUUAAAUUGUGUAAGACAAACAUAAUUUAUUGACUAGUUCAAAUGUAAUAUUUUAUCAAAUUGGGUUUGGACAUCAAAUAUAUAUUAAGAUACAGACCCAAAGAGCAAAAAUCUACUUAUAUGACCUGUUUGAAAUUUUUUAAUUUGAAUAUUACCAACUGAUUUGUUUUUAUAAUUUUCAAGCUUUGUUUCUAAAUUAAAUAAUGGUAUUUCAUGCUAGUAAGUUCAAGUAUUUCUCUAAAAAUAAGUGUCAAUAUGAAUAAUCUUAAACUCUAAUGAAUAUAAAGUCAAAUUGAAUAUAAACAUAUUUCAUCUUUGUAAAUACCAGUCUUUAGAGUAAAAGUAAUUUUAUGUACAUUAUGAGGAUUUUGAUCAAUGAAUAGAAAUAUAAAUCUGGUGAAGAUAUGAAAUUCAUUUUCAAAAUUAUAGUAAUUUUUAUGCUCUUCAUUUAUUUUUAUUUUUCAGUAUUCCUUAUGCUUUCUGUCUUUUUAACCAACAGUCUAUUAUGGGUAAAAAUUAAGCAAUAUAUGAGUAAAAAUGAAAUUAUUUUCAGGUAGUAUGAAGGUUAAAUACGCACACAUCACAACACCUAGCUGUAUUCAGCUGAGUGGAAAACCAACUAAGUGGCUGUCAAGCACACCCUUCUCAAGUCCACUGGCUGCUACUCACGGCUUAGUCUGUACCCUCUUAGAAGAUCUCACGCAGGGGGAAAGUAUUUGAUUUAUUGGUAUUUUAGAAUAAACCUUUUAUUGUAGUACAUAAAAAUCUAUAAUCAUAAAUGUACCACUUGAUGCAUUUUAAAAAUAUGAAUGUACCCAUAAAACUACUACCCAGAUCAAAAACUACAUGACCAACAUCCCUCAGAAGCUCCACUUGUACCUUCUUCCAGUCCCUAAAGCCUCCCAACCAAAAGUAAUUACUGUCCUGAUUUCUGUCACCAUUGGUUAGUUUGACCCGUUUUGAAUUUUAUAUGAAUGAGAUCGUACAGUAUAUACUCCUUUGUAUCUGGCUUCUUUCAUUAAACAUUUGAUUUAUGAACUUCAUCCUAAUUGUAGCAUAAAACAGUAGUUUAUCCUUUCCCAUUGCUAUAAAGUGUACCAUUAUGUGAAUAUAACAAAAUUUACUUAUUAUCUGUUUGACUGUUGAUGAACAUUUGAAUUGUUUCCAAGUAGGGGUUAUUACAAAUAGUGCUGCCUUGAACAGUCUUGUACAUGUUUUUCGAUGUAAUACAUAUUGUACCCAUUUCUGUUGGUUCUAUACCUGGGAUAUGAAUUGCUGGUCAUAGGGCACAUGUAUGUCAGCUUUAGUAGAUCCUACCAAUUUUUCAAAGUAAUUGUAACCAGUUUAUACCAAGAGUAGUGAUAACUGAAGUGGCUCCACUUCCUCAACAACGCAUGGUGUAUUGUCUUUUUAAUUUCAGUCAUUUGACUGGGUGUGCAGUGGUAUCUUAUUGUGGCAUUAUUUCCUGUUUACCUAAUACUAGUGAUAUUGAGGAGUCCCUGGAUGGUGCAAAUGGUUAGUGCACUCAGUGGCUAACUGAAAGGCUGGAGGGUGGAGUCCACCCAGAGGCACCUUGAAAGAAAGGCCUGGUGAUCUACUUCCAAAAAAGUCAGCCAUUGAAAACCUCACGGAGUGUGGUUCUACUCUUCACACAUGGGGUCACCAUGAGUUAGAGCCAGCUCUGUGGCAACUGUUUUUUUAAUAAUGUUGAACAACCUUUUUGUAUGCAAAUUGGCCACUUUGAUAUCUUUUGUGAGGUGCCAGUUCAAGUCUUUUGCCCAGUUUUCUAUUGAAUUGUCUGUCUGAUUCUUAUCAUUUUGUAGUAGUUUUAAAUAUAUUCUUAUAUAUCUGUAUAGCAAAUAGCUUCUCCUAUUCUCUGGCUUGCGUUUUCACUCUAAUAAUUAUAUACUUUGAUAAAUAGAAGCUUUUAAUCUUAAUAUAAUCUAGAUCAUCUAUAUUUUGAUUGUAAAUUAGUGUUCUUUGUGUCCUGUUUAAAAAAUCUUCAUCCACCUAAGGAUCUUAAAGAUAUUCUUCUGGUUUUUUUGCAGUGUGAUGAAUUACUGAGUGUGGCCUUUCUUGCCAUGAUCUUGUAACUUCCACCCAGGUGAUUGGGCAGGGCUUUGAAAACAAGAUAGUUGUGGCUCACCAAGAGAAAUGGUCAAUUUUGCCUUAAAAGAGAGCCAAUUCCAGAGCAGAGAGAAGAGGCCCCACCACCAAGGAAGGACGGACCUGCUAGAGACAGCUCAGUGGGCUUCUGGGCCCAUGGAUGGAGAAAGCUGAGUGCUUUUGGGCAGAGACUGAGGGCCAGGGAGAAGCCUACAUGUAACCCAUGAAUUUGGGACUUGGCAGCCUCCACAACCAUGUGAGCGAUUUCCUUUAUACCUUCAUGAGUUCUGUGAGACGCAGUGAAUUAGGGAACCCAAAGAUGGGAGGGAGAGUACUGAGGGGAGAGAGAGUAGUUGAUGUUAGAGAUGAUGGAAUGGUACAGCAGCUUGGAAAAGUUGGACAUUGGGGACAUCUUUAACCUCUGCCUCAUAGGAACCAACUUUGUGCUUAUCCUUAUCAAAGAAAUUAUUCAUUUAGUUUUCUUCUAGAUACUUUAUUAUUUUAACUUCUGCAUUUUGACAUUAAGUUGCACAUGCAGGCUGCCUUAAAGGCUGUCUCCAGAUUCCAAGUACCCACCAGAGUACCGGGAUGAGAAUUUCACCCGUGAUACUAUCUUAGGCUGGGUUUUCUAGAGAAGCAAAGCCAGUAAAGAGUAAAAAAUAUAUAUAGAGAGAGAAAUUUAUAUCAAGGAAAUGGCUCGCAUGGUUGUAGAGGCUACAAUGUCCCAAGUCCGUGGGUCAAGCUGGAGGCUUUUUCUGAUUCAUGUAGGCAUAGGGGCCAGUGAACCCAAGAUUGGCAGGUCAGACAGCAGGGCUCUUGCUCCUAGGCUGUGAAGACCAAUGAAUCCCAACAUCAGCCGGCAAGAUGGCAGGUAAACUGCUAGCUCAAGUCUCAAGAACAGGAGGUCAGACAAGCAAGAGCCAGCUGCAUGAUCCAGAGUGAGCAAAAGCCUGCCAGCCUUGCCAGAAAUUCCACAUAUAUUGGAUGCAGGCCACACCCCCAAGGAAACACCCUUUCAACUGAUUGGCUACUCAAAGCAUAUCCCAUCAUGGAGGUGAUCAAAAUGUCACACGACUGCAAAACCACAUCAUAACUGCCAAACCACUGAGAAUCAUGGCCCGUUCAAGUUGACAUACAACCUUGAUGACGGCAGGUACCAACCACUCCAUGGGUGUUAUGUCCAUUUAUCUUGAUCAAGUUGUACACCUAGACUUACACAUGGUGUUGGCAAUAGUGAAAGUCAUUUUAAUUACUCAAAAACAACAGGCGAUGUACAACAGGAAAAGUUCCAUCAUAAGCUGUCCUCCCUGGCUCAAAAGCUGUCCAGGUAGGAUGGAAAACUUCCACAGGGGCCCUCUUUGCACAAUGGACAAAGGAUUCUAAGAAUCUUCUCCCACCCAAUUUUAUAUUCCAGGGGUUGUGUAUUCCACUGCACAGAGUGCAAUGCAAACUUUUCCAUCUGUAGAAAUGUUGUGACAGAGGCAUCUGACCUCCUCUGACUUCACAAGAAGGAAGGAGAAUCAAUGCCCAAUGCUGAUGUCUCUGAGACGGAGAUCGGACAUGCCUCCUGUCUCCACCAUCUUUACCAAUUCUGACACCAACCGUCCCUCUCGUGGCACUCUCUACUUCUAUGCAGGGUUUGAUAAUUCCUUGCAAUGGCCACACAGAACUCAGAUAAUACUCAUGAUUAUGGAGUUCAUUAGGAGAGUAACAGGUUGCAAUUCAGGUUCAGGAAUGCUCAGGAUGCAGUCCUUAACGUCAGGACGACCUCUUCUUAGCUGUGCCCGCAAGCAAGCUUCUCUCUGGCCCUGGGCCUCUGCCCUGCAAAUGUUACAAAGCUCUUUUAGUUCUGCCAAUAAAUGCCCUGAGGCAGGCACCCCACUGUGCCUGUAAACCUCUGCCUGAAAGCACUCAGCACUAGAUCUGUGAGUUAGCAAACCUAGCUCCACCAAGUGUUCAGAGGCACCUUCCUCUGCCAGCCAGCCUCCUGCCCCAAGAUGCUCAGCUCUAACUUUGUGGGCAAGUGUUACAAAGCCUCUGUCUGGCCCUCGACCUGGACAAGUAUUAGGAAACUCUUUUAGCUCUGCCGAUAAGUACCCCAAGGCACCCUACUCUGCCAGCAAGUAUCCUGCCCAAAGGUGCUCAGCUUUCUCAUUCUCUGGGCUCCCAGCCCACGGUGCCAUCUCCUGCCAGUUUCCUGCCUCCGCUACUGCUGCUUCUCUGCCACCGCUUUUCACUGUCUUCAGUGUUAGAGCUCUCUCUCAGCCUCCUGGUUCCAGAAGCUUCUCAGUAUACAGAUCCCUGGUCCAAAGGUUGAGCUCUGCUCCUGUCUCUCUUCCUUUGUUGUGACGAGAUCCUCUCCUCCCUCCCAGAUGAGCCUCUGGGACAGCUCAUUUUAAGUCCAGCAGGGUGGCAAAACUGACCAAUCCCUACGUUAGGGUUCCAUAGAACUUAUUUGCAUGGUCCCACCCAGUCACUUGGGUGAGAGUUACAAGACCAUGGUGAGAAAGGCCAUGUAAAAGUGGUCCAUCCCACUGAAACAUCUGAUCAUCCAAAGAGGAGGAGUUGUCAGACAUUGGGGUGCCAGCCCAGAAUUGUUAACCUGGAAUUGUAUCUCUUUAGUCCUGCUGCUUAUUUAAACAAAUUCUUGGGCUUCAGAGGGGGAGGUGCAGUGGCUUGUUCCAAAGCCCAAAGAUUCUAGCAGGGGGGAAGGAAGGGAGAAUAACUAGCCGUUUGUGCCAUCUGAAGGACUGACUGCCUCCUCUGAGAUAUAUAAUCCAUCUAUAAUUUGUUUUGUGUGUGCAUGGUGUGAAUGUGGAGUCAAAAAUUGUUUGUUUUCAGAUGGCUGUCCCGUUGACCCAACACCACUUAUUGAUAAGGUCAUCCUUUAUGUACCACAUUGCAGUGUUACCUUUGAUAUAAAUUGGGUAACUGUAUAUGUAUGAGCCUGUUUCUGGCCUUUUAUUCUGUUCCGUUUGGUACAUAGACCUGUUCCAGAUAGGUCUGUUUGGCUAUCCUUGUGCCAAACCCUUUAUUAAGUCUUGGGAUUUGAUGAUGUAGUGCUUGAACUUUGUUCUUCAUUUUCGAAAUUGUAUUGGUUAUUCUUUACAAUGGGGUCAUUGCUGAUUCACUGGUAGAAUUUUUGCCUUCCAUGCAGGAGAUUCAGGUUCGGUUCCUGGCAAAUGCACGUUCUAUUGUCAGUGGAGGUUUGAGUUGCUAUGAUACUGAACAGGUUUCAGCAGAGUUUUCCAGACCAAAAUGGACUAGGAAGAAAGGCCUGGCAAUCUACUUCAGAAAAAUCACCCAGUAAAAACCCUGUGGAUCACAACAGUGGAUGGAUCCAUGGGGAUGGUGCAGGGCCAGGCAGCAUUUCAUUCUUUUGUGCGUGCGGUCUCCAUGAGUUGGGGGCUGACUUGACAGCAACUAACAGCAACAACAACAAUAUAACUUUUAAAAUCAUCUUAUCAGUUUACAUGGACACCACACACAAAGACACACACACAUACACAAACACACAGAAAAGCUGUUGGGAUAUUUGAUCUAGUUUGCACUGAAUCUAUGUGUUAAUUUGGGGAGAAUGUACAGUGUUUUAAUGUCAAGUCUUCCGAUGCGUAAGACUGAAUUUUCUCCGUUUAUUUGCAUCUUAGUUUAUUUAUCUCAAUAAUGUUUUAGUAGUUUUCUCUGUAGAUUUAUUCCUAAGAAUUUUAUUUUUAUGCUAUAUUGGAGCCCUGAUGGCACAGUGGUUAAGGGCUCCACUGCUAACCAGCCACUCUUCGGAAACCCUGUGGGGGAGUUCUACUCUGUCUUAUAGGGUCACUAUGAGUCGGAAUCGACUUGACAGCAACAGAUUUGGGUGGUUUCUUUUUCGGUUUUUAAAGCUAUAUCGGAGCCUGAUGGUGCAGUGGUUAAGAGCUUGGCAGCUAACCAAAAGGCCAGCAGUUCGAAUCCUUGGAAACCCUAUGGGGCAGUUUUACUCUGUUCUUUAGGGCCUCUAUAAGCCAGAAUCAACUUGAUGGCAACAGGUUCAGUUUCGGUUUUAUAUCACUAUAUAAAUAUACAAUUGACUUUUUUUAUUCAGUGAUCUUGCUAAAUUUAUUUAUUCAAAGAGUUGUCUGAUGAGUCUUUUGAAUCCAUUCUGCAAAUAAAAUUAUCUUAUGUAAAAUAAUGACAGUUUUAUUUCUUCCUUUACAAUCCUUAAAAAGAAAAAGUUUCCUUGCCUUAUUACACUGACUAGGACCUCUAGUGCAGGGAUAUAUAAAAGUGGGGAUACUGACAUCCUUUUUUCAUUAUCGGGAAAAUCAUUCUGUAUUUCACCAGUGAGUGUGAUGUUUCCUGUAGGCUUUUUUGUAUAUGCUCUUUUAGAGAUUAAGGGACUUCCCUUCUAAGCCUAGUUUGCUAAUAUUUUUUUAUCAUGAAUUUAUAAAAUUUAUGAUUUUUCCAGCAUCUAUUGAUGAUCAUAUGAUUUUUCUCUUUUAUUCUGUUAAUGCAGUGAACCACAAUGAUUGAUUUUCAGUUGUUAAAGCAAUCUUAUAUUCCUGGAAUAAAUCUAACUUGUUCAUUAUGUCUAUUUUGUAUAUUGCUGGAUUUGAUUUAGUAAGGUUUGAGAAGUUUGAAUCUCUGUCUGCGAGAGAAACUGGCUUAUAUUUUUCUUUCUUAUGAUGCCUUUCCAGGUUUUGGUAUCGAGGUUAUACCACUCUCACAAAACAAAUUGGGAAGUCAUCCCUCAUUUUGUUUCUCAGGAAGAAUUUGUGUAAGAUUGGUGUCAUUUUUUCCUUGAAUGUUGUAAAGGUUUCACCAGGGAAAUCAUAUGGAACAGAAAAUUUCUUUGUGGAAAAGAUAUUAAUUAUAAAUUCAGUUUCUUUAGUAAAUAAGUAACUAGUCAGAUCUGUUCUUGUGUCAGUUUUGAUAAAUUAUGUUUUUCUAGGAAUUUGUCUAUUUCACCUAAUUUUCCAAAUCUAUUGGCAUAAAGUUGUUCAUAAUAUUCUCUCUUAUUUUCCAUAUCUGUAGGAUCUAUGGAAACCCUGGUGGCAUAGUGGUUAAGUGCUACAGCUGCUAACGAAAGGGCAGCAGUUCGAAUCCACCAGGCGCUCUUUGGAAACUCUAUGGGGCAGUUCUACUCUGUCCUAUAGAGUCUCUAUGAGUCGGAAUCGACUCGACGGCAACAGGUUAAUGGUUUUAGAUGAUGAUGUCUUACUCCAGAAAGAUUUACCUGUCCUCUGGCAAGCACCUGGAAUGAGAGCACAUCAGCUCAAUCCAUUCAGGAUUUUUGCUGACAUGUGGUUGGGAUGCAUUUUUACAUUCCGCAUAAUUAUGGAUAGGUAUGAGUUUAGUGCUGUCAUUUUGAUGUCUUUUUUUGUGUGUUGUUGACAGUUUCUUUUUUCCACUUAAUUUUUUGUGCUGAAUAGUUUUUCUUCGUAUAUUGUCUUCCAUUUUAUUGUUGAUUUUGUUUUUGCUGAGUCUUUAUGUUUUUCUUGUAUGUUAUUUUGAUGUGUAGGAUUGUUAGUCUCCUUUGUGGUUACCUUAAUAUUUACCCCUGUUUUUCUAAGUUUAAACCAAACUUUUAUCUCUUUAUACCGCCUUAACUUCCUCUCCAUAUGAAAGAUCUAUGACUAUUUUUUAGUUCCUCUUUAUUGAUUUAAUGUCAUCAUCUUUUACGUAAUGACAUUGCUUUUUCCCUAUUUUGAGCAUUUUUUAUCUUGAUUUAUUUUUGUGAUUUCCCUAUGUAGGUUGAGAUCUGGUCACUCUGCCCUGUGUUCUAGUCUUGGGUUGUUAUCUUAUGUUAUUGAUUUUCUAACCAGAGGACUCCCUUUAGUAUUUCUUGUAGUUUUGGUUUGGUUUUUGCAAAUUCCCUAAACUUCUUUUUAUCUGGAAAUGUCCUAAUUUUGCCUUCAUUUUGAGAGAUAGUUUUGCUGGAUAUGUGAUGCUUGGCUGGCAAUUUUUUUACUUGAAGGCUUUAUAUAAGUCAUCCCAUUGCCUUCUUGCCUGCAUGAUUUCUGCUGAGUACUCUGAGCUUAUUCUUACUGACUCUCCUUUGUAGGUGACUUUUCAUUUAUCCCUAGCAUCUCUUAAAAUUCUCUCUUUAUCUUUGGUUUUGGAAAGGUUGAUUAUGAUAUGUCUUGGUGGCUUUCUUUUGGGAUCUACCUUGUGUGGGGUUCGAUGAGCAUCAUGGGUAGAUAUAUUCUUCUCGUCUUUCACAAUAUCAGGGAAGUUUUCUGCCAACAAAUCUUCAACAAUUCUCUCUGUAUUUUCUGUUCUCCCUCCCUGUCCUGGUACUCAAGUCACUCGUAGGUUAUUUGUCUUGAUAGAGUCCCACAUGAUUCUUAGGGUUUCUUCAUUUUUUUCUAAUUCUUUUAUCUGAUUUUUCUUUGAAUAUAUUGGUGCCAAGUGUUUUAUCUUUAGUCUCACUAAUUCUGCCUUCCACUUGCUCAGUUCUUUUCCUCUGACUUUCUAUUAAGUUGUCUAAUUCUGAAAUUGUAUUGUUAGUCUUCUGAAUUUCUGUUUGCUGUCUCUGUAUGGAUUCUUGCAGCCUAUUAAAUUUAUCAUUAUGCUCUUGAAUAACUUUUUUAAUUUCUUCAACUGCUUUAUCUGUGUGUUCCUUGGCUUGUUCUACGUUUUGCCUGAUCUGUUGAAGAGUUCUGUGUAUUAAUCUUUUGUAUUCUACCUCUGGUAAUUCUAGGAACAUAUCUUCAUCUGGAAGAUUCCUUGAUUCUUUGUUUUGGGAGCUUGUUGAAGCGAUCAUGACCUGCUUCUUUAUGUGAUUUGAUAUUGACUGUUGUCUCUGAGCCAUCUAUAAGUAAUUGUAUUAAUUUAUUUUGUUUGCUUACUAUGUCCCAGCUUCUUGCUUUGUUUGGCCUUGAUAUGCCCAAAUAGGCUGCUCGAGUGAGCUAGUUUGAUUAUUGGUUCCUUUGAAGCUCUAACUUCCUGUCACCAGAUGUCUAGAGCUGUUACCAGGUAUAUGAGCCCAGGAUUCCAUUCCCUUUUCUUGUAUGGAUUCAGCUCAGGUGCCCAGAAAGUCAGUCACCAAGUGUGUGGUGCAGACUCUCACCUACCGUCUUAGAGGAGCAGGGACAGUUGGUGUAGGCCCAGGUAUCUGGCUGUAGCAGGGAGCCAUGCUCUGAGCAAGGCAGGGGCUGACAACUGUCCCCCAAGUGUCUGUGAGGAAAACACGUUCCUGUUUCCUAGAGUGCACAGAUGGGUGGGCUCUGCAGCCGGAUCUUGGGCACCCAGUGCUUUUGGCUGUAAGGACUGGGAGGCACCACUUAUCCUUGGACCCCUGUCGUGGGUGGCUAUGUGGCACGGGUGGAGCCACCAGUCCUCAGGCCCCUGAUGUGGGUAGAUGAAGACCCUGCUUAGUAGGUAGAAUGGUGUCAAACAUCAAGAACCCACUUCUCCACCACACAGCUGCAACAGUUGAAGUCAGACCUCAGGCACGUAUACUGUCGCACUGUGCCAACAAGGGCCUAAACUGCUGAAAUGGGCCCACGAGUUCCAUGCAGGGGUGAAAGGCAUUCAAAGUCUGUGAACCGCCUGUGCUUGUGCCCAUGGAAUGGAGCCACUUCUGCCCUUAGUUCCCAGCUUAGGGGAGCCAGCAUGUUAUUUUCUCCCCAGUUUGUUAAUUUGUUCCUUCUCCAAGGCCAGGAGAGUGGCUCAGGGUGUGCAGCAGGACCUAUCUCAUGCCCAGGGAAAGUGACUGCCACUGGAGCCAGCUCAGGGGUUGGAACAGAGGGAGGAGGAUCAGAUAAAUGGGAGACAGUUCUUUUGAAAGGGGUGCUUUUUGGUCCGUGUGGCAAAUUAUAUGCAAGUACUUUUGCCGAGAGCACUGUUCUUUGCUGAUUCCAGAGGUGUGAGUAGACUCUGUGCUACUCACUCUCUCUCGCUGGGGAAACUGCAUCACAAAUGCUACCACCAGCCCCACCACAGUCACUACAGGGAAUUGGGCCUAUAGGGCGCCGGUUCCCGCCGAAGUCAGGCCCAGCAACUCCUCACUGCCUCUGAACCAUCUCUCCCUCCCCUGUCACUCAGUCUGAUUUCUUAACUUUGCCUUUGAUGUUCAGGGCUCCUAGCGUGUCAUAUAUAUAAUCAAUUCACUUGUUUGUUCAGGUCUUCGUUAUAAGAGGGACCACUGCAAGCGUCUGACUACUCUACCAUCUUGGCCCUGCCUCCUGUCUGGGAUGCAAUUUUAUAAGGUUCAGUCUAUACUUUGCCCACACCCACUAUUAUAUGUUUCUCUCAAGGGGUCCCAACUGAAAGCCUGAUAUGUUUUACCAAGGCCCCACCUAGGAGGGACCUAGGCUAAUUUUGACCUCCCUAGUACCAAGACUCUGCAGGAAACUCUGCUGUACUUUUUAGCCAUUUUCUACUUGGCAUCACAGCCCCUGCCCUCUACAGCUUAGCAUUGGCAGUACAUGCCAUAGGCUCAAUUUUCUCUUCUUCUCUGUGCAAUCUCAUUUACUUAAAUUCUUGCUCUCUUGGUAGCACCAAACUUCAGUUUUCAUCCGUCCAGCCCCAUGAAUUUGCCUAAAAUUCUCCUGGUUUUUCCACCUCUCUCCUGAAACUAAGAAUCUAUGGUAUGCAGAAUGUUGGGUUCAUUUCAGUGAACUUCCCUUCUCUUUCAGGUCUUGGCCCCUCAACCCUGGGGUAACUUAGCAGUUCUCUGAUGCUUUCAGGCUGCUAUUUUUGUUUUGUUUUGCUUUGUUUUCUGGCUCUUCUCAUUGUUCUUGGCAAAAGUGCUGAUCUGCUACAAAUUACUCCAUCAUACCCAAAAAUCUGCUUAUUGAUUUAAAAUGGAAAUUCUGGCUGAUGCCAUUACCACUGUUAAUACUUUGAAGCCUCAGAAAUUCCCAACCAUGAUCUCUGAAGUUAUAGUUAAUUUUAAUAUCCAGUGAUUCUUUUGGCCAACAUCGUGGACUUUUAUACCCAUGAUGGUGCACAGGGAAAUGGUAAUUUCUUUUUUGCUUAACUCUAAUAUCUGUUUUAGAUAUCUCAAGGCACUUUACUAGAAAAAGAGUUAUGAGCCCAAGGAAUGUGAAAAAAGACAAAAAAUAAUGAGUUACCAUGGCUUAAACAUAACCAAAUUAAUUUGUGAAGCAGUCACAGGUGAUGUAAGCAAAGAGAGAGACUCUCAAAAAAUAAUCUGAGAAAGCAAAAGAGAAAUAAAAGUACAGAAAGAAGUAAAUGGCAAAAUAGAACUGGAAUCACACAAAGAGAUUAAGAAGAGCAGCCAUCUAUGAUACGACUAUUGUUGGUUUCUUCCCAUUCAGAGCAAAGAAAAGUGAAGAAAAUCAAAGACUCAAGAAAACAAUUAGUCCAAAGGACUCAUAAAUGGCAGUCUUUACUAGCCUGAGACCAGAAGAACUGGAUGGUGCCUAGCUACCACUAAUGACCACUCUGAUCAGGAUCACAAUAGAAGGUCCUGGAGAGAGUGGGAGAAAAAUGUAGAACAAAAUUUAAAUUCAUGAUGAAGACCAGACUUACUAGUCUGAUAGACAUUGGUGGAACCCCUGAGAUUAUGACUCUUAGACACCCUUCAAACCUGGAACUGAACCCACUCCUGGAGAUCACCUUUCAGCCAAACAAUAGGCCUAUAAAGAGAACAAUAACAGCCUUGAGGAAUGUGCUUCUCAGAACAAUCAACCAUAUAAGACCAAAAGGGCAGCAUUUGCCCAAAAACAAAGUUCGGAAAGCAGGAAGGCGCAGGAAAGAUAGGUGAAUAGAAACAAAGAACCCAGGGAGGAAGUAGGUAGAAUGUUGUCACAUUGAGAGAUUGCAACUAAUGUGAUGAAACAAAAUGUGUAUAAGUUGUUAAAUAGGAAAAUAAUUUACUCUGUAAACUUUGACCCAAACCACAAUAAAAUGUUCAAAAAGAAAAGAAUGAGAUUAAUGAAGAUCAGAGGUUGCAAUGACUAAGACCCUAUACAGUUUGAGACAACUCACUGAAUGCUUGCUGUGAGACAAAUGAAAAAUGUAUUUUUAGAUAGCAUUUCCUGGUUUUAGUAAAGCAAGUUUUUGAUGUUGUUGUUGUUACUGCUGCUGCUUAGUUAUCUGGUUGUUUCUAAAUGAUGCAUUACCUUUACAAAAGUUAACCAUACUUAUUCAACUAGUUCACUAAUGUUGAUCCAAAAAGGAGGAGUAAAUUUAGCAAAAGUUCCUUUACCAUCAUAAUUUUGAGAGGAAUAAAGAAUUACCUCUAGCAACAGCCAUGGAAGCAGCAGUCAAGAAAUCAAAAGACGCACUGCAUUGGGUAAAUCUGCUGCAAAGGACCUCUUUAAAGUGUUGAAGAGCAAAGAUGUCAGCUUGAAGACUAAGGUGCGCCUGACCCAAGCCAUGGAUUUUCAGUCGCAUCACGUGCACGUGAAAGCUGGACAGUGAAUAAGGAAGACCGAAGAAGAAUUGACGCCUUUGAAUUGUGGCGUUGGCGAAGAAUAUUGAAUAUAUCACGGACUGCCAGAAGAACGAACAAAUCUGUCUUAGAAGAAGUACCACCAGAAUGCUCCUUAGAAGCAAGGAUGGCGAGACUGCAUCUUACAUAUUUCGGACAUGUUGUCAGGAGGGAUCAGUCCCUGGAGAAGGACAUCAUGCUUGGCAGAGUACAGGGUCAGCGGAAAGGAGGAAAAUCUUCAGUGACGUGGAUUGACACAGUGGCUGCAACAAUGAGCUCAAGCAUAACGAUUGUGGGGAUGGCUCAGGACCAGGCAGUGUUUCGUUCUGUUGUGCGUAGGGUCGCUAUGAGUUGGAACCGACUCGACGGCACCUAACAACAACACAACAACAGGAACAUAUAUUAUCACAUAUAUAAAUCAAUUCUUUAACAUUUUAACCCUUACACAAUUUUUGUAUGGACCGAAGUACAGAUUCGCAAAGCUGCCUAGUCCCUUACCCUAGCCAUUUUUAUUUUAAUCUUAUAUAAAGACUAGACCAGAUUAUCCCUGCCAGAAAACUGAAGUGUGAUUGCAAUUCUAGAAAGCCUGACAGAGGAGUGAUUACCUAAAAGAACAGAUCUCAUUUGGGAAAUGGACCUUGACCACAAGAUUCUUUACUUCUAAGAAGAGACCUAUGACCACAAGAUUCUUUACUUCUGAGAAUAUAAAGUCUCUGUUCUAGCUCCAGUUCAGCCCAGAUUCAGGUACAAAAGAGAGGCAGGAGAAAGAGGUAGUGAUGGGAAAAGAUGUGUGGUGAUUAGAACGAAGGUCCUUUUCAUGCCAUGGAACAACUAUUAGUAUGUUGCCCUACAAAUUGAAUUUGACUCCGUUUCUACCUUUAAUCUUGAUAGUGUUCUCAGUCCAGUUCUAUUUGAUAUAUCUUGAGCCUUGCUCUGAAGCAAUCCCAUUGCCCUGAGCCACUACGCCUCCCCCCCGCCCCCCCCCCACACACACAACUUUAGUCCUCUAGAGCUAGGCUUGUACCCUUGAGCUCUGUGGGUAUUAAAAUAUAAAUUGCCUGGGUAUUCACCUUAUGGCAGUUGAUUUGUAAAGUUACCAGUUUAUUUCUAUUGUAUAUCUCCUUUGAGUCGGAAUAGACUUAGCAGCAGUGGGUUUGGUUUUGGUUUUCUUCUUUGACUCCACACAGGGUCCUGAGUCAAAUAUGCACCAGGAACCGAACCAAAAAAACCAAACCCGUGGCAAUCAAGUCAAUUCUGACUCAUAGUGACCCUAUAGGACAGAGUAGAACUGCCCCAUAGAGUUUCCAAGGACCACCAGGUAGACUUGAACUGCUGACCUUUUGGUUGGCAGCCGUAGCACUCAACCACUACGCCACCAAGUUUUCCAAACUACCGAGAACAAUACUAGAUAUUUUCAUAGAUUUUAUCCUUUUUGUCUUAAAGAUAACUUCGUGAGGUAAGAACUAUUAUUCUACUUUUAGAGUUGAGGAAGCAGACAUUCAGGGUGCUCUCAAGCAGUAUCAUACAGCCAUGAAGUAGAAUAUCCUAAAUUUGGGCUCCAGUGUUCUGACUCAAAGCUCAAUUCUCAAUCUGGGAUCCAAAGGAUAUCAAUAAAUACUUGGUUGAUUGUUGACUGAGAAGAAACAGUUUCUCUAAAAUGAAAGGCAGACUUUAAAUGACUUCCUUGCCUUGGUUCAACACUUACCAUCUCCUUUUGAAUGCUAAAAAAAAAAAAAAAAAAAAAAUACCCGCUGCCAUCGAGUCAAUUCCAACUCAUAGUGACCCUAUAGGACAGAGUAGAACUGCCCCAUAGAGUUUCCAAGGAGCGCCUGGCGGAUUUGGACUGCAAAUGAUCAGUUUGAUUAUGCCAUUUGUAAGUGAGAAAUUUAAGACCAAAUAAGAUUUAUUGAAGUCGCAAAUUUCAGUUGUCACUCUGCAUUUCUCGUUAAGAAAAAUUGAGAUAAAUGAAGAUUGUCACCUCGUUGAAGGUCCGAUUGAGUGUUUCUCUGAUGACUAGUCUUAGAUGAUCCCUGUGAAGAGUUAGGAUUCCUGGGUGAAUCCUGGGGCUAAGUAAGUGGGGUGGGAAUGGAGAGGGAUAUCUUUCCUUUAAAAUGACGAAUUCCUCACCAAAAGUAAUUUUUUCCACUCCCAGGGAAGUAUGUUUGUUGAGUUUAAUGCAACAAGCAUUUAUUGAAUAUCUAGGAUGAGUGAGGCAUUUGGGAGAAUAUACUAUAAACAAGCCAGAGCUACUGCCUUCAAGAUAUGAUAAUUUAAUGGGGAAAAAAAUGUUCUAACAUAAUCGUUCACAUAGUUCUGGGUUAAUUAAGUUUGGAGAAAUGGUUUUCCACUUAGAAAAACUUACUUUAUAAUUACUGCUAACAUCUAUGUUCUAGUAGGUUUCAAGCUGUGUUGUGUGGAAGCUAGUGGUUUUAUUGAGCUCCCUUGGGUGUGAUUCUAUCCUGUGGUGGUAGAAGUUGGGGAAAUGGGAGGAGGUAGAAGGGCUGAGCUGAUGGGUCUCUGGGUGGUUUAUCCUAAAUUUGCCUGAGCAGCUUUGAUAUUAUUUGGCUUCUUUGUAAAAAUCAUUUGGGGAAAGAAAACAGACUCUGGAACUAAAAAAAAUUUAAAUGACUGAAUUAUGCAACAAUAACAACACACGAACGUGGUCCACUCAGCUAAAUGCUUUGUGGUCCUGCAAAAACCAGAAAUUACCUCCCUGAUAUGAAAAGCAGUAUUGAGAUAAUCUGUGGUUAAGAUUUGAGAGUGAAAAGGGCUAUUACACCACCCACUUGUUUGCCAAGAAAAGGGUCCUCUGAAGAGGGAAUGAAUGAACGUUUUAGAAAUUAUCAUUUCAUUUUGUCAAAGAGGGUUAGCAAGGCGGAACAGGCUGUAAGAAAGUAGAUACAGCCUAGCUAGGUGGUGAUUGAAGUUCCAGGGAAGACUUCUCCCAAGAAACUUGGGGCAGGUCACAUGUUUCAGGGGAAUAGAUUGCAAAGAAUGAAAUAUGUUAGUGGGAUAUAUACUUAUUUUGGGGCUCUUCAAGACUGUUUACAAAAUGAACAAUUUAAUAAUAUGAACAGUUUAUGUAGUUUGAAGAAAAAAUAAGAGAAUUCAAACAAAACAAACCCAACAAACAAAAACAAUUAAGCUCCGUGAAAUGGAAAAUGAGGUUUCCAGAAUGAGUGAUGAGUUACACAGAAAGCAUGCCUAAGCAAAAGCUUUGAGGGCACUUGAUUUGGCUUUUGGUGGGUUUUAAAUGGGAAAGUAGGACAGUUGGUCCUAGGGAACAUCCCUACAAAUCUUGUUCUGACAUGUGAUACAAUAUAUGUGCAGGUGUUGAGAAAAAUCACAUGUGAAAUGACUACCUUAGUCAGAUCGUCUGUCAUGGCUAAUGUGGGUCAGAUAUUUCUCUUUUCAUCCUUAACUCUUUUCAUGGGUAUUAUCUGGGCCUUUUGGGGCCUAACUGAUAAGAGAAAGAACUCUUGUCUACAGAAAACACCUACCCUCCACGAGAACUUCCUUUUCUGUUCUCACUCACUAAGGAAGCAGAAGGAAAACCAGCACUUGUCCAAGUUGCCUUUGGUCCAGAGUCAAACUUCCAAUAUUGUGAUCCCUGUAGAACGUAACACAAAGCUGCUCUUGAGCCAGUUUUGCUUCUGGCCAUAAGGCAGUCAUCAGGUAGGUAUCUAGAAACUCCUAUAAGGCUCCGCCUCAAAAGUGCAGGACCUUCCCCCAUAAGCCAGGAUCAGCCCACUAAGAUGGCCAUUGGCACUGAACCUCUCAAAACUCGGGAAGUCAGGAGUUUUAUCUCUCCUUCUCUUUUCCAUGUUCCUCCUAUCCCCAUCCCCCACUCCCUACUUCCUUUGUAGCUUCUAAGUGCUCUCCCUGGAAUGUUUGAAGGUGAGGACUUAGGUCUGGGCAACCUGUUAAAAAUAUGAAUUGUUACCAUGAACUCUGAGUGGCCUUUCAGCUUUGCUGACAGAAAUUUACUCCAUCUAGACCUGCCCUUCCCCCCAAAAUUAAACAGGUAAGGUCAUUUGGAGUUGAAACAAGCAUGCAGUCGGUGUGUUUGAAAAUGAAAUUAUAAUUAACCUGCUGAUGGCUGUGAGGUGUUACCUUGAACUCUGUGUGGCCUCUUGGCACAGCGGCUGAACUUGCUUUAUUGAAUACCCAGAGACCUGAACAGGUAAAAUCAGGAUAUGUCCGGGGACAAUUGUACUUCUAGAAAGAUUAUGUGUCUUUUAGUGCCGAUUGUAAGAGAGUUGGGGAUUAAUUGAGCAGCACUAAUCAGAAAAUAAAAAUGAGUCUUGACCAUCCAUGUCUAUGGAAAGCAUAAAAUUUGUUAAAACUGCUGAGGAAAAUGACUUUACUUGCCCACUUUGCGAAUUGAUUCCUGAAGUGAUGAGGUUACCAGACUUGCUAGUUGCCUAAGAAGAUUACUGCAAUUUGGAAAUCCUAUAUCAUCUACAUGUUUAGGAAAACAUUGUAAUUACCAGGCUAUGAAAUGUUGCCUGAACUCCAAGUGGUCCGUUGACACAUGGGUUGGACAACUUUAUGGAGCUAUUCAAAAUGAGGCAGGUAAAACUAUACAGCAAUAACAGCUUUCUUAAUGGUAAGGAGGGUGCUGAGGUCAUUUAUGGUUUAGAAUGAAUGGAUCUGAGAUAAACUUUUAACUGUCUUGUCCAUGACAUAUUAUUUGAAGUAAGUGUGCAGCUUUCUACCUUUUAUAAUCAACAAAGCUGGAUAAUGGUGAUGCAGUUAUCAAGUGUGUGCCAGGUCAAGAGAAUGUCAUAAAAAAUGGAUUUAUCUCUGGAGUCAGUCAUGAGCUGCGCCUUGUCCCUGCUUAAGCCUGGCAAGAAAUCCAUUUAAUUCCCUGCCACUCAGAAUAAAAAGAGCUCUACUUCAUUCUGUUGCCUCCAUGUUCAUGUCUCUUCCCUCUAAUUAUGUAACGUCACUCCGUGGUAAAGUCACAUUUUAUAAAAGCAAAAAUUUUGGAUCCCUCCUUGUUUUGGCUGAGAGCAUCUAUUGUUAGACUAAACAAACUGUUUAGUUUCACUUUGUGCUUUUGACAGGCUGGCUGGAAUGAAUCCUCUUGUUUAUUUAAUAAACAAAGAAUAAUAACCCAAAAGGGUUUUAUUACUGGGUGGAAUUAUUCCAUUCACAGGAUUGGAAUGAUCUACUAAUUGUUCAUUUCUCUGCCUAGUUUAAGCACUAAAUGUGUGACACUGAGGUUUUCCUGUUUCAGAAGAGGCUUCAGAUAGGACACACACUUUGCCUUCCCAACUCCUCCUUUUGUAGCAGCCUGUGUGUCCUAUAAGGAACACAUAAAUGAAGAGGAAACUUCACAAGUCUCCUUAUCUCAAGUUAAUGUCAUAUCACUUGGUUGGCAAUUAAGGUUCAAUAUUACUAAUAGCCAAAUGAAUCUAUAUCUUUUUGAAAGAAAAUGCUUUCUAUUUGCUCAUUGUAUUUCAUCUCGAUCAAAUGCACAAAAGUGGAUUAGACCCUCUACAGCAGUUACAGGCAUGAUCAAGUCAGCUCAGUGUCUCAGAGAAUGGCCCAUUUGAGGUCCCUUUUUUUUUAACUUUGGUGGACUUCUGUGUUAUACUUCUGUGUAACUUGGAAUGCCUGCCUCAAUGUAUAGGGGCUCAGGUAAUUUUAUUUCCCUUGCAUAUAGAGCCAUGUUGGCACAGUGGUUGAAUGGUUGGCUGCUAACCAAAAGGUCAGCAGUUCGAAUCCACCAGCCACUCCUUGGAAAUCCUGUGGGGCAGUUCCUCUCUGUUCUGUAGGGUCGCUAUGAGUCAGAAUUGACUCGAUGGCAACUGGUUUAUCCCAUCAGACUGAUACGUUUUCUCUAGUUCACAGACACGUUAUGUCUCUAGCCUGCAGUUAGAAGCAUCACACUUUAUUUAUGCUGUUUCUUCAAUCUGAGAUGCUGUCUCUGUCCUGGCCUCAGUUGUUCCUCAGUUCUUGUCUGCUCUUGUCAUUCCAUUCUAAACUCUGAAUUCUUACUAUGCUAUUUUUCUAAAGCACUCAUGGUGGCACAUACAUAAUAAAACUUUUACAUCAACAUCAGCACCUAUCGUAAACUUUAUCGUAGUUAUUUUUCCUAUUUGUCUUAAUGUUCCCACUGCUUCUGUAUUGUAGAAUCCCUCCUCUACAUUGCUGCCAAAGGGACCUUUCUAAAAUACAAGUUUGAUUGUAUUAUUCUUCUGCUUAAAACUCUUUGAGGAGCUACCCCUCACUUCUAGGGAGGGGCCAAAGUCCUUGCAUACAAGUACCUUCCCAAACCAGCUCCUUCCUGCCUUUCCAGCUGUUUGGUAUACCCACACCAAAUUUGUUACUGCUCCCCAAACAUGACAUAGCAAAGUUUCUUCCCCCUACCUAGGUGCUUAUUCCCCUAGCAAACACUGACUCAACUUUUAAGACUUGGAAACUUUACAUGACUCUCCUAGGCAGGGACUGGCCUCUGCCCUCUGCACCUUUUUAACAUCUUUCGUAUACCUCUAUUACAGCUUGUCAUACUAUGCUGUAUUUUUUCCUGUAUGUCUCAUCUACGAGGCUGUGAGCUGUUUAAGAUGGAGACUGUUGUCUUACUUGUUUUAUGUCCUUAUUUCAGUUCCUGGUACACAACAGCUGUUCAAUAAAUGUUUGUAGAAUGAAUGAAAUAAAGAAUACUUGAUUGAAUGAAUGAAUGAAUUUAAAAAUCUUUUUUUUUUAAAGUUGGAGUGAGAAGUAAGUCAAAUAAUUUCCAAUGAGAGAGAUACUUAGAAAUUAAAGUAUCCAGUGCAUAUUUAUGUCCAGCCUAUUUGAGCUACUUACUGUGGGGCCUGGGGCACACCCUCUGUGUAUUUCAGCAGAGAAUUCAGUUCUUUGAGAUGUGUCUUGGCCAUGGAUACCUUAUUUGAGAAAGUCUUCCAGUUCCAGUAAAAUUGAUUAAAGUGUUAGUAGAUCAGUUAAAUGUUUGACUCUAAGCAGGAGAGUAAGAGUUUCCAUUUUCAUAUUUUACUUUCUCUUUAAUGCAAUUUAAGUUUCAGAAAAUGAACACAUUUCCUUAGUGUUCUAUAAUAUUUUCAGCCAAGACCUUAAAACCAAACCAAACCAAACCCAUUGCCGUCGAGUCGGACUCAUAGUGACCCUAUAGGACAGAGUAGAAUUGCCUCAUAGAGUUUCCAGGGAGUGCCCGGUGGAUUUGAACUACCAACCUUUUUGGGUGGCAGCAGUAGCUCCUAACCGCUAAGCCACCAGGGUUUCCAACCAGGACCUUAAUAGGAGAAAAUUAGUACUCCCACCUCUUCGACUUUUAAUCACUCUUUAGUAGGACCCAAGCAAUGGCCAAUUCUAUCCUAUAUUAUCAUAAAACAACAAUCAAUUAACACCCUAUUCAAGGCAAGCCAUAGGGCUCACCUUGUCAGUCAGACCUCAGCCCCAAAAUCCAGAAGCACAAACGCUUGAAACUUGAUCUUGUGUUUCUUUUUCUGUCACUGAGACUUAGCUGUUCUACUCUCCAGGGAUCUCGAAGCAUGUAAUAGAAGCAGCUUAGAAAUAAAUAGUGAAGACUGCCAUUUUAUAGGAGAGGAAAAACAAGGCACGCCAAGGUUAAGUAGCUUGUGAGAUGAUUGUUGGGUAGGUUCAGGUACAGGUCCCGCAGGGGUGAGGAAAGCACCCAGGUAUCCUUGACAGAUAGUGCCCUGUGCUUAAUACCCAACUCCUCCACCCUGUGUUAUUCGACUUGUGCCAGAGAUCCCAAGGAUUUUCUGAAUGAAUUACCAUAAUUAGGUUUAAUUCAGGAAGGGAAUGUUUCCUAUACACACUAAACAAGCUGCGUACUGGAUUCUUUUGCCUAGAUGACAAGGAGGAAGAAACCCAACAGGAAAUACAUCUUUGUAAAUUAGAAAAGUUGAUGAGCUAAGUCCUGCAAACAUUGGGCUCUUAUCCAAAGUGAACUCCUAGUGACCCCCUGGCACUUUGGCUCACCUCACUGUACUUCACAGCCAGAAGCAUACCAGGUGGAUUCACUUUCUUACCUCCCUGAUAAGGCAAGAGGACCUUGCCACACCCAGACGCAUAUCCAGUCUCCUUUCCUACUUCCCCUGACCCCAGGUCUGAUAAAAAUCCAGGGUUAUAAUACUGUUGAGGUACAGGCUAUAAACCCUAUCAGUGUGUAUGUAAGUGGAGGGAGGGGGAAGAGGGAAGGAAAAGCAAAAAAAAAAAAAAAAAAGGCGAAAUGGAGAGUUCAGCCUCACCUCUAGGUGACCUUGGCAGCAUGUGGAGUAAAAGGGAAAUUGCCAGGAAUUUUUUUUUUUUUUUUUCAGCCCUUUUCUGAGCAUUAUUUUGACUUGGCUUUGCUACAGAGCAACUUUGGGGGACUGGGGCAAAAUAUAGGUCAUUGUGAACUGCAGGUGCAGAUUUGAUCUUGAGCUAUAAUCUGUUGUGGUAUAUGUGCAAGCCCAAAAGUAUUUCUCAAGAUGAGAAUGCAGCAUUUCCCCAUAGAUACACAGCCCACUUUUUAUUAUAUCAGCACCAGCAUCAUAUCUUAUGUUUCUUUUCCAAAAACCAAGGAAUAGAACAGAGCUGUCUUUCUCUUCUCUCCCUGCUUCCCUCUCUUUGCUUCUUUACUUUCUCGUCUGUGAUAAACCAUCUUUCUCUUGUGAAAAACAUUAUCAUUUGACAAACUAAUUCUGACUCUGAAGGCACUCUUCUCAGGAGAUAAUGCUUAAUGUAGGCAGAACCAUUCGAGGAUUCAGUGAUAGGCAAGCUACUCAAGGGACUGGGAUUUUAAAUAUUGCUCCCAAUCAGAGCAUUUACCUUGAUUUUUGCCUACUUAAUUUAAACUCUCGAGAGAAUGCAGACAAGCACACAGAAAGAAUAUAUCCCAACAAAUUAAACUUGAAGAGUUUUUAAAAAGCCUUAUUCUUGGCCUUAAUCAUGUCACUUAACUCCUCCCACCAUCUGUUCCCUCAUUUUCUAAAUGUAAUAGCAAACAUGUCAAAGUACCUGGCUGCUGAGGUGAUAGGCAUUGCCUCUGGAUGAGAAGAAAAUCUGGAGAGAGUAUUUCUCAAGCAAUCUUAUACUUGAGAGCUGCUAAAAACAUUGCUUGGGUUGCUGAUCUCUUCCUUCCACAAUGUUUGGUACACACAAAAAUGAUCAGGAGACCACAGGUUGAAAUUUCCACAAGAAACAUUUGGAUUAGGAAAAUUGUCUAGGGAAGGAACCAUUUAGGUAAGGCUUACACAAAGGAAAAUCAAUUUUAUUCAUUUUCUGAUCAUUAUAAUUCUUGAAAAUAAAUAACAAGGGAAGAAUGGGUAUCUGCUACUGAUACCUUUUUAAUUAGAUUGGUUUAGUUGACAGAAAUGCUGUUGAGAAACACAAACAGCUAAGAAAAACAGUUUUAUUAUGUCUUCAACAGAGACUUCUACAGUCUAGAUAAUAAAGGUAGGGAGAUAGGGGUGGGGAAUGAGUAGAAGGAUGGACUUCACUUGAGGUUCCUUCAAAGUUUGUGACUUAACACGACUGAAGAGUUCAAAUUUUGUAUCUUUUAUUCUAAAUCCUUCUUGAUAUUUGGAGGAGAGUGACACAUAACGUUG